AUGCGGCAUCGAAGUCAAGCCACAUCAUCUAUUUUUGUUCAAAAGCAACUCCAUGAUGAACUACCUGCAACAAUUGGUGCCCUUCGUCAAAGAUUAAAGGAUUUGCCUUAUGACAAGCUUGUUGAUCAACUUAUGCGUUUUAGCUCAUCAAUUCGUGGUACGAAACCAUUCUGGAACCAACGCAAAAGGAAACUUAUUGAUAUGGUCAUUCAGAUUGGUUGCCCAACACUAUUUUUCACACUUAGUGUAGCAGAUACAAAAUGGCCAGACUUACAUACAAUCAUGCCAUCCACCACACCAACAAAUCCGUAUGCGGCUUCAAAGUGGAGGUUACAAAAUAUAGUUCAAAGCCCCCACCUUACUGCACUCUACAUGCAUCCUAGAUUCACAACAUUUUGUGCCGAGGUCUUGGAAAAACUUCUUGGGGCAACUGACUACUGGUACAGAUAUGUCUCUGCAUGGAAUCCACAAGCACUGGACCUUGGAAACCAAACAUUCCAUCGAUCAAUUAUUGAUGACCCUUGCUUGAUGGACACAACAAUGAUUCAAUCAAGUGAUGCUUCAAAUGACUAUUGUGAGUUGGUCAAUUGUGUUCAACGACAUACAAAGUGUACUGCCCAAACUUGCCUCAAAAGAAAGGGCACAACUCUUCUAUGUCAUUACAAAGCCCCUUGGACCAUUCAAGAAAAUUCUACUCUUUCAAAUGUUGAAAAUGGCCAACCGAAACACACCCCUACUCGCAAUGAUGACCGCCUCAAUCUUCACAACCCAUUCAUACUUUCUAUAUGGAGGGCCAAUGUCGAUUGUCAACCUGAUCUCUCAAUAGAUGUUGUGAUCAAAUACAUUGCAAAAUAUGUAACUAAAGCUGAAAACAAAUCUGAGACAUAUCAUCAAAUGUUGUCUCGCAUUUCAACUAACUUUGAGCCUGAUAAACCAGCUCUUAAUGCUUUUCAAAAAAUGCUUCUAGAGAACGUUGUUGAUCGUGAUAUAGGAGCUCAAGAGACUUGUCACCUUUUACUAAAGCUACCACUAUCCCUCUCUAGCAGAACAUUUGUUUCUUUAAAUGUGAACCAAAAAAACUUCCAACGUGUUUCAAUCUCCCCCAUGGGAACAACCACUUAUCCAAGCUAUAUUGCAACCUACAUGGAAAGGCCUAUACAUCUAGAGAGAAUGUGUCUUAUUGAUUUAACUAGAAAAUGGUCAUUCGGUGCAUCUCGAAAAUGUGAUCAAUGGAAAGAGCGAACCAAUCUUGUAAUAGUUCGAGUAUCCCCUAGAUUCACAUCCAUACCUUCAAAGGAGGAGAAAAAUUUUCAAGCAUUUUGUUGGAGUGAACUAAUACUAUACCAUCCAUUCCGCAACAUUCAAAUGGAUUUUGGCUCUUCAGAUGAUGAAAUUAAAGCACAAUGGGAGAGGUUCUCCAACAACUACCAUCCAUGGCAUGUACAUCGAACAACCUCAACAACAGCAGAAGAAAGUGAUGCUAGCACUCCUUCAAGCGAGCCUGAACAAAUACAACAAGACUUCCUUACUGAAUGGCAAGCCCUUUCAACUUUAUACCCGGGACUUCCCAUUCAACUAGAUGAACUUGAUAUGCUUGGCCAACGUGAAAUUGACUUGAGCCAUGAUUGGGGAAAACACCACAUACCCACACAACAAAAAGUUGUAGCUACUACUUUCAUACACUCCAAUCGGACAACAUUUCAAUCCCACCAUGUUUACAAUCAACAAGCCCCACAUGACUUGUCUAUACAACAACAAAGGGCAUAUAAUUUGGUUAUUACACAUCUACAGGACAAUACUUUAAAGCCACCACUAAAGAUUCUUGUUCAGGGAACUGCAGGCACGGGAAAGUCUCACCUGAUAAUGAGCAUAAAGUCUACAAUGAUGAGAUUGGCACCACCAAGACAAUCACCCCUACUACUCCUCACACCAACAGGUGUUGCAACAUUCAACAUACAAGCUUCAACAAUCCAUUCUGCCCUUCGAAUUCCAAUCAAAGAAAUGGUCCCCCUCCAAGGACAAACACUUGCAAACUUCCAAGAAAGCAUGUACUUCAUUCAUUAUAUUCUAAUAGAAGAAAUGAGCUUCAUUGGUCGUAGGUUAAUACAAUGUAUUGAUAUGAGGCUGCGUGAGGCAUUCCCUACACAUAACCAAAUCCCAUUUGGAGGACGCUCAAUCAUACUAUUUGGUGACUUGGGCCAACUACCACCUGUCAAGGACAUUCCAAUGUAUGCUUCAAAUUCUUGUGGAGGGAUACUAUGGCAUACCUUCACAAUAAUUAUAACAUUGGAUAAAAUAUUCUGGCAAAUUGGAGAGCAACCUGCACAAAUUGCUUUUCGUGAACUCCUCUCAAAUUUACGAAAUGCAACACCUACAAUUGAAGAUUGGCAACUUCUAAUGUCUCGAUCAAGUUCAUCACUCACCUCUGCAGAACAAUCUAUUUUCUUACCAUCCAAACAUAUUUUUGCAACAAAUGAAAUGGUGUCAUUGCAUAAUAAAUGCAUGUUGUUGUCUUUAGCAAAACCUAUUGCCCUAUCUACUGCUGAACAAAUGAAGGGAUUGACAUGCUCAAAUCCUGAUGAUGAACAACUACAAUCACAAAGAACUUGCUAUGUAUUGGCCAAGAGGUUAUGUUGUCUACAAAUCUAUGGGUCGAAACAGGACUAG